GUCAUAUCCAGAUACUCACGUUACGAUCGCAUUAAACGAGUUUUCUGUUUUCCUCAAGGAAAAUUUAUACGUGUAAAAGCACAAAAUGGGAACUGUGUUAGGUGCUUUAGGAGGCUGUGCGGCUUUGUCAUCUUGUGCCUCUUGUGCCAGUUCGUUAGCCCCAGUGGCUGCGUGUUGUUGUGGUUCAUCAGCUUGUUUUUGUUGCUGUGCUCGAUGUCCCUCAUGCAAAAACUCCACAGCAUCCAGGAUUGUAUACACAAUAAUUCUUUUCUUGGGAACGGUCUUGUCUGCCGUCAUGCUUGCCCCUGGCAUUGUUGAAAAAUUGGAAAAAAUUCCACGUUUCUGUGAAAAUGUUCCAGAGUCUAACUGUAACAGUCUGGUGGGAUAUUUAGCAGUGUAUCGAGUGUGUUUUGCAAUGGCAGCAUUCUUCCUGAUAAUGGCUAUCUUGAUGUUUAAAGUCAAGAGUAGUAAUGAUCCCAGGGCCAAAUUUCAAAACGGGUUCUGGUUCAUCAAGAUUGGUGUUAUUAUAGCACUGAUAGUUGCAGCAUUUUACAUUCCCAAAGGAAACUUUGGAGUUGCAUGGAUGUACAUUGGAAUGGGUGGUGGUUACUUGUUUAUUUUGCUUCAGUUGAUUUUAUUGAUCGAUUUUGCCUACAACUGGAGUGAAUCAUGGGUUGAGAAGUAUGAGACAACGGGCAAUAAAAGGUGGUAUUGGGCCCUUGUCAUUGUCACCAGUGGGAUAUACAUUCUGUCAAUUGGAGCAGUUGUGUGUUUUUUCUUGUUUUAUACAGAGCCUUCUGGGUGCAAGAACAACAAGUUUUUCAUCAGCUUAAACCUUGUGCUAUGUUUUAUGGUCUCCAUGGUUGCUAUUCAUCCCAAAGUUCAGGAAUGUCAACCCAGUUCUGGCCUGCUACAGGCAGCAGUUAUUACAUUGUACACAAUGUAUCUGACUUGGUCUGGUAUGUCCAAUGAACCUGACCGCAUGUGUAACCCAAGUGGUUCACUAAUCUCUAGUGAUAACCUGGCCCCUGGGUUAGGCAAUGGGAGGACAGUUGUUGCAGCUGUGCUCAUGUUUGUUAUGGUUGUGUAUUCUUGCUUGAAAACAACCACUUCAAACCGUCUCACAGCUAGUAGCAGCAUGGAGGAGACACUCCUUCCAGAUUACAACCAAGAUGUCGAGACUGGAAAUGCCACUAAUGAAGAAAACAAGGUGAAAAUCCAACGCGUCUAUGAUGAUGAGAGCACAGCUGUGAAUUAUAACUACAGUUUCUUUCACCUGACCUUCACCUUGGCCUCACUGUACAUUAUGAUGACCCUUACUAACUGGUACAGCCCAGCGGGUUCGGACUUCACCACCCUGACCAGUAACUGGGCCACUGUGUGGGUAAAAAUCAGCUCCAGCUGGGCAUGUCUUGCUCUCUACCUCUGGACUUUGCUUGCCCCAGUCUUGCUCCCAGACAGGGACUUUGGACAUUAACCAACCUGUGCUUUGGAGCAGACACCCACUGCAGCUUUGUAAAUUUACAGUUAAAUUUGGGUUUUCAUUAAGAAAAUUGACACUAUUGAUACUUGAGAAGUAACUUGGACAAUGAAUUCCUUUCUCAUUGUUUGGGUUUGUAAUUACUGUUAAGGGAGUCAUUCAAGUGCACGAUAAGUAAACUCCAUUAAGCUACAGUACAUUGACUUGCUUGCUUAUCUGUGAACUAAAAAAAAAACAGUUACUUAACAAUACCUUUUUAUUUAUGUUUGGCACUGCUUUUUGUUUUCUGUUUUCAAUUUACAAUUGAUACUAGAAAUAGCAGAUUGUACAGUACUAAGCUGUUCAGCUGUGUGUGUAAUGUUUGAAGAUGAAUUGAACUUCUUUGGGAAAACAACAGGAAUUAUGAACUCAAAGUUCCCUUCAUCUCUAAGACGUGGACAGCUAAAAGAGAUCUGUAAAGCUGUCAGUUUUGGUAUAUUCAGUUUAUUUCUGGUAGCUUUCGAUAAGAUUAGGACUCAACACUGGAUCUUCACUACCUUGAACCUUUCAUGUUUACAGUGAUGUGGGAGGUAGUUCACUCAAACGUAAAUAUGGUUUAAGGUUAGUUUGAUAGUCACCUUGGUUGCUUACACAGAAGAGCUUGAGAUUAAUUUUUGGCAGCAGGUGAUGGGCUUUGCAUCCUUGCUUAGUUUUCUCAGUAGAUGCAAGCAAGCUCAAAACCUUUCCUUGUUCAUUAAACUCAAGUUCAGCUGUAAAAUGUUUACACAUGAAUUGGUAAACAGGUUGGACUUGUAAAUGGUAAGUACCUGGAACAUACAUACAUACACUUUAAUUGGUAUAGGAGGUUGAAUUAAGGCAGCUAAAAAUAGCUGUUGUAUUGUCUGAGUAGACUGUUUGUGAAAUAAAUGUUUGAAUAAAUGUUAGUUUAAAAAAAUGGAGCCACCUUGUAAAGUAAUGCAUUGUGGAAUGAAUUAAAGCUGUUAGCACUAAUA